UGCAGUUUAUCUCUUAUACCAAACCUGUGCCUGUCUGCGCUUCAAUGUCACGUUUUCGGUUUUCCUACAUUUGAAUAUGAAGAUGAGCUGCUUUUUUGACGAAACUGAACGAUGAUACCUUGUCUAUUGAGCUCAAGAACGGAACUGCUGUUCAGGGCACCAUCAGGUUUCUUCCUCAGCUUUAAUUGUACUGACUCUUCAUAACCGGCGUUCUGCUUGCUGCGGAAAAAAACCAAAUAGUUCGUCUGUUAGUAGUACAGAUGUUCAGGAGCAACAAUAUUGUCACCAGAAUUUUUGAGCGUCAGAUUUGCACACCUGCUCCCGGAACAAGCAUCCAUUAUGCUAGGCGUUUUUACGAGAAUCUAGUUCCAAGUUAUACCAUAUAUGAAGUUGAGUGUCCGGACCAUUCAUUUCGCAAGUUUACUGAUGAUGGUCAGUACCUAAUAAGUUUCAGCCGAAAUCAUCAAGAUGUGAUUGUCUAUAGACCAAAAUGGCUAUCAUUUUCAUGCAAAGAAGAAGAUUGUGAUAAUCAUGAUCUUCCCGCAAAAGCAAAGAGGUUUGACAGCUUCUUCACCCAACUAUAUUGUGUAUCACUUGCUUCCAGCAAUGAGCUUAUUUGCAAAGACUUCUUCCUGUACAUGGAGAGUAAUCAAUUUGGACUGUUUGCAACUUCAACUGCACAAAUUCCUGAUGCACCUGCAACUGGAGGAGCUAUUCAGGGACUCCCAUUGAUAGAGAGGAUGACUUUCUACCUUUUGAAAUUGGAAGAUGGGGUAAUACUUGAUGAGAAGGUGUUCUGCAAUGACUUUAUUAAUUUAGCCCAUAGCAUGGGUGUCUUCUUGUAUGAUGAUUUAUUGGCUAUUGUAUCCCUUCGUUAUCAAGCGAUACACAUUCUCCAAAUCAGGGAAUCUGGCAAUCUAGUAGAUGUGCGGACGAUUGGGGCAUUUUGUCGUGAAGAUGAUGAACUUUUUCUCAGUUCCUAUGCCCAGGUGACGGCAGUAAAUCUGUUGCCCACAAAUCAGUUGCCUGUGAAUCGUGUUGAUGGCAAUGUGCAUCAUAAUCAGCUUAUUUCAGACGGUUCAUUCUUAAGUGGCAUUAAACAGCGCUUACUUUCAUUCAUAUUCCAAGAAAUAUGGAGUGCAGAAACAGACCCAAUCCUGAGAGUCCAAUGUUUGAGGAAGCUGUUCUAUUUCCACUUUCAAGAUUACGUUGACUUGAUUAUUUGGAAGGUACAAUUUUUGGACCGACAUCACUUACUUAUCAAGUUUGGUAGUACGGAUGGUGGGGUAUCACGAAAUGCUGAUCAUUAUCCUGCAUUCUUUGCUGUGUAUAACAUGGAGACAACUGAAAUUAUUGCAUUUUAUAAGGCUUCAGCAGAUGACCUCUAUUUCUUGUUCGAGCAGUUUUGCGACCACUUCCAUGCAACAUCGAGGAAUUCAUAUAUGAAUUUUAUAUCAUCUCACUCGAACAAUAUUUAUGCUCUUGAGCAACUAAGGAGCAUAAAAAAUAAAUUUAGCAGCUUUUCCCAGUUUGUGAAGAAGAUGCUGGCCUCUUUGCCUUUCAGUUGUCAGUCACAGAGUCCUUCUCCCUAUUUUGACCAAUAUCUCUUUCGAUUUGACGAAAAGCUGAUUUCUGCAACUGAUCGGCCUAGACAGUCCACAGACCAUCCAAUCAAAUUCAUUUUGAGAAGGAAACCAUAUUCUCUCAAAUUUAAGAUUAAACCAGGUCCUGAAGCUGGUACAGUAGAUGGUCAGACAAAAAGGAUUUCUUCAUUCCUCUUCCAUCCAAUUUUGCCUUUUGCUCUAUCCAUUCAGCAGACUUUGUUCUUGCCGCCAUCAGUCAUGAAUAUUCACUUCCGCAGAUGAUCACGGUUGUUUUUGACUGCCUAUCAACAAUUCUUAUAAGCCUUCGGCUGGACCAGAGGUCGAUUUUAAAAUGGCAUAUCUAUAAGUUGCUAUCAUAAAAAUAUGGGCAGCCAUUGCUUGUAUGGCUUCUGCAGCAUUUUGUCCUCCUUUACUCCUAAAGAUUGCCCAAGUGAGUCUGAAGGUUUCACAAUUGCUGCAGGUUAAGCCAGCAUUUCCACCAAAUGUAAAUUUAAUAGUUGUCUGAAUUCAACAUUUUGCUUAAAGGAGCCCCAUGUGGUGGCAGAACUGAUUUGCGUGGGAGGCAUGCGAGGCUAGCUUCUCAUCUGUUCUCACUUUUUUUUUUUCUGGGUUCCUUCUCAUCCAGUUACAUGAGAGAAUUGCCACUAGAAGCCUGGAACAAAUUCCUGAAAAUGGGAGAUCUUCUGAUGAGCCUUGUAAUCCACAGUUUUGUAAUGUGGGUAUUUUACGGCAAAGUUCAUUCUCUCACUGUUUUUUAUUUUUUUUAAUGCAUAUGUACUUGUUUGUUUGAUUAAUUAAAAGAAACCUGGU